GUUAGCGCAGAGCCGUUCGGAAGCCCUCGUACAGCCUCGGACCAGUUCGGGCAGCCUCGGCUCCGCACUUCGGGCCGCUUCGGCCCUCCUCGGUUCCGGACUCUCGGCCGUCGGCGGAGCUCGACUGGGCCGCUUCGUGCCGGUUCGGCCCCUGUUCGGGCAGCCUCGGCUCGGCGGCGCAAGAGGCUUCGGGCAGGCUCGGCUCGGCUCGGCUGGCAGCUUCGGGCGGCCUCGGCCCGGCUCGGCUCGGCUCGGCCCGGCUCGGGCGGCCCUCCUCGCGCUGCGCGCUUCGGGCUCCGUCCCGGCCUUCGGGCGGCCCCGGCUGGCGCCUUCGGGCGGGCUCGGCGGAGUCCGGAUGGAGGACUCGGACUCGGCCGCCAAGCAGCUGGGCCUGGCCGAGGCAGCGGCGGUGGCGGCCGCGGCCGCUGUUGCGGCGGCGGCCGCGGCCGCGGCAGGAGGCGAGGCGGAGGAGCCGGUGCUCAGCAGGGACGAGGACUCGGAGGAGGACGGGGACUCGGAGGCAGAGCGCGAGACUCGGCGGGUGACGGCCGUGGCGGUGAUGGCCGCCGAGUCCGGGCACAUGGACAUGGGUGCCGAGGCCCUGCCGGGUCCCGACGAGGCCGCCGCGGCCGCAGCCUUCGCAGAGGUGACCACUGUGACCGUGGCCAACGUGGGCGCCUCUGCAGACAACGUCUUCACCACGUCGGUGGCAAAUGCCGCCUCACUCUCGGGACACGUCCUGUCUGGCAGGACAGCCCUGCAGAUCGGGGACAGCCUGAAUACAGAGAAGGCCACGCUGAUUGUUGUGCACACGGAUGGGAGCAUCGUGGAGACGGCGGGGCUGAAGGGGCCAGCUGCACCUCUCACUCCAGGCCCUCAGUGCCCUCCGACUCCUGCAGCUCCCGGCCAGGAGCGAGGCGGAACCAAAUAUAACUGGGACCCCUCGGUGUACGACAGCGAGCUGCCCGUGCGCUGCCGGAACAUCAGCGGCACGCUGUUCAAGAGCAGGCUCGGCUCAGGCGGCCGGGGCCGAUGCAUCAAGCAGGGGGAGAACUGGUACAGCCCGACUGAGUUCGAAGCCAUGGCCGGAAGAGCCAGCAGUAAGGACUGGAAGAGGAGCAUCCGCUACGCGGGCAGGCCGCUUCAGUGCCUCAUUCAGGACGGGAUCUUAAAUCCUCACGCUGCCUCAUGCACCUGUGCCGCCUGCUGUGACGACAUGACCCUGAGCGGCCCAGUCAGGCUCUUCGUCCCCUACAAAAGGCGCAAGAAGGAGAAUGAGCCGCCUGCGACCCCCGUGAAGAAGGAGCCCCCCAAGAACAUCACGCUGCUUCCCGCCACCGCCGCCACCGCCUUCACCGUGACCCCCUCAGGACAGAUCACUACCUCGGGCGCACUGACCUUUGACCGGGCGUCCACCGUGGAGGCCACCGCCGUCAUCUCAGAGAGCCCGGCCCGGGGCGAUGUCUUCGCGGGAGCCACGGUGCAAGAGGCAGGCGUGCAGCCCCCGUGCAGAGUCGGCCACCCGGAGCCGCACUACCCAGGGUAUCAGGACAGCUGCCAGAUCGCACCCUUCCCGGAAGCAGCACUGCCAACGUCUCAUCCCAAAAUAGUGUUGACCUCCCUGCCGGCCUUGGCCGUCCCACCCUCCACCCCCACCAAAGCCGUCUCCCCCUCGGUGGUCAGCGGGCUGGAGAUGUCGGAGCCUCGGAACUGGCUGUACCUGGAAGAGAUGGUCAACUCCCUGCUCAGCACGGCCCAGCAACUGAAGACACUGUUCGAACAAGCCAAGCAGGCCAGCUCCUACAGAGAAGCCGCCGCGGCCCAGGCCAGAGUCCAGGCGGACGCAGAUCGCAAGGAGAUUAUUGUCACGUGGUGAAAACGUGCCUUGUGUUCUGUUGAGUUUGGAGAUGCGUCCCUUGGGGUGUUUGGCAGGCGUGCGUCUCCCCCAUUACCAGCUGGAAGCUUCCACGUCUGAGCUCCUCCACCUGCACCUCCAUGCCUGAUGGAGGCCGCCUCCGUGUUGUUUCACUUCCAGCUUCCGGCAGGUUCUUCCGAAGGAGGAUCCCGGGCGUCCGGGUUCACGGAGCACAGCCGGGGGACAUUCUCUCAGUUCGUCACUGCAGCCCCUGCGGCUUUUUGUGCGCGGCCUGGAGGUUGCUUAGGGCCAGUCUCCCAGGUGUCGGUGGGCGCAGGCCACCAGGGUCACCAGGGUCGGAGCAGCACCAGCCGAGGCGUGUGCGCGGCAGGCGUGGUGCACUCGGAGGCGUCCUGCGGGAGGUGGGGGUGGGGGGCACACCAGCGAUGUGUUCUUAACGGGAGCUUUCUCCGUUACAGUAAAUGUGGACUGUGGCUUGUAAACAAAAGUCAGAUUGGUUUUUUUCCCUAUCAUAUCUAUAAUAUGAACAUUUCUGUUAGUUUAUUCCCAUUUUUUAUAAAUCAGAGGGAAGAAGAGCUUUGCAGGUUCUCAAUUUUCUAUACGACUUAACGUGUGAUUAACGUUUUUCCAAGGAAGAAAAAUGUUGCUUCUUCUGAAGAAGGAGAUAAAUUAAAAAACCUUUUUUAAAGAA